AUGCGCGGCGAAGGGGCGGCAGGCGCGGGUCCGGCAGGAGUGGGGCCAGCAACAGGAGGGGGUGCUGCGGGGAGAGGCGGGGAGGUGGAGGAGAGGGGGAGCGCCGCACCGUGGGCGAUAGCGCGGGCAGUGGAAAGGGGGAUGAGCGGCGAUCCCGCUGAUGGGCUGGAGCAGCCACUGCAAUCCCGCCUGGCACCGCUCGAGUCCCCCGAGCUGAGGGCCAUUCUGCACAAGUCGGCCUCCAUGCUGCGCUUCGAGUCCAUCCGCCGCCGCAAAGGCUCUGGUUCCGACGACUCCCUCGCCUCGCAGCAGCACCUGCUGGCGCCCGGGGCGGCCGGCAGCGUUGGGAGUGGGCGCCGCAGUUUGUCCCGGGCUGACAGUGGCGGGAGUGUUGGGAGCUUUGGCAGUGCGGGUGGGGGAGGGGGGAGUGGGAGCAACAGCUUGAAUGUGACUCCGGAGAGUAGCUUUCACCGCGGGGAUAUGUACAGCGGGAGUAUGUUCGAGGCCAUCUCAGAGGUGCCGCCAUCGAGCGAGGCGGCAGGGGAGGGCGAGGGGGGCGAGGGCGGGCCAGAUUCGGUGUAUCUGUCGGACUGGGUGGUCAACCCACAGGCAUCGCUGUACCAGCAGUUCCAGGCGGCGCUGCUGCUGCUGGCCAUCCUCAUCGGCAUCGUUGAGCCCUUCAACGUCGCGUUCCUCGAUACAGAGAACGUGUUCACGCCGGUCAACGUCUUUAUCUAUUGCACCGACGCCGUGUUUCUGAGCGACGUGCUGCUCUCCUUCUUCGUGCCCGAGUUCCGCAUGGGCGAGUGGAAGACCAGCCUCGCCAGCAUUGCCGUCGAGUACCUACGGGGCAUGUUCUGGUACGACGUGCUAGCAGCGCUGCCAUGGGAUCUGGUGCUCAAGGGCGUCUAUCAGCCCACCGGCACCGCUGCUGUCGCCCUCUCCGCCUUCGGCCUGCUGCGACUGCUGCGCCUCAUCCGCCUCUGGAACGUGCUGUGGGACAUGGCAGUGGACGUGCGCUACGACUACAUCUCCACCAGUGUGCACAAGUUCGCCCUCCUCAUCCUCUUCGCCGCCCACUGGUCCGCCUGUGUCUUCUUCCUCCUCGCGCGCGUGCGCAACUUCAGUGAGGACACGUGGGUGGGCCACUGUGAGCCCGACCUGCCUCUGCGCCCUCCGCUCGACGCCUACGUCACAUCCAUCUACUGGGCGAUGACCACCCUCUCCACCACAGGCUACGGCGACCUGUCAGCGUUCACAGUGCCGGAGCGAAUCUGGGCAGCACUGUUCAUGCUGGUGAAUCUGGGCCUGACGGCGUACGUGCUGGGCAACAUGACCGUGCUGCUCACCAAGGCCGAUGCCCACACCGCCACCUACCGCGACCGCCUCAGCGCCAUCAACCGGUACAUGCGCGCACAUGUUGUGCCAGCCUCACUACAGGAGCAGGUGCAGGCGCACCUGAAGCUGCACUUUGACACUUCCGAGGUGAGGGACGAUGUGUUGUUGCACUGCCCAUCAUCAGUGCGCACGCUGGUGAAGCGCCACGUGUACUCGCGCUUCGUCAACUCCUCCUACCUCUUCGCCGGCACCUCCAACGUCUUCCGAGACCAAGUGACAACGAGGGCCAAUGUGGAUUUCUUCCUGCCACACGUGGACCUGGUGGCAGCCGGCAACAGCACCACGGAGCUGCUCAUCAUUGCCUCGGGGCAGGCACAGGUGCUCGUGCGUGACAAGGAUGGCAACGAGAUGCAGUGGUUUGUGCUGCAUGAGGGGGACUGCGUGGGAGAGAUCGCGUUCCUGUGCGACCUGACGGAGCUGUGGACGGUGCGCACGCUGUCGGUGUGUCGGGUGCUCUCCAUCUCACGGGACGACUACCGCUCCGUGGCUCGCACGCACCCCGCUGACGACCGCCACGUCAUCGCCAACCUGCUCAACCGGGCGCGCAGCAGAGCGGAGGCAACGGCACGGUUCUACCCCGGCAACAGCACCAUGGCGGAGCUGUCUCUGCUGCUCAAGAACGAAGUUGAGUCGUUCCGCAACCGGCUGGUGCAGGAGACGCUGAUGAACCUGUGCUACGCGGCCAAGCGUGGCGACAUGCUGGAGUGCUUCCGCCUCGCUGCUGGCGGCUUCGAUGUGGCGGCCGCCGACUACGAUGGCCGCACGCCCAUGCACCUAGCAGCAGUGACAGGGCAGGACAAGGUGGUGGCGUUCCUACUAGCGCACGGCGCGCAGGUGAACGCCAAGGACGCCUUCUGGCGCACCCCCCUGCAGGAGGCCGUUGCUGCCGGCCACUGGACCACCGCUCAGAUCCUCCGCAGCAACGGCGGCGAGCUGCAUCUGCGCAACCAGGGCACGCACCUGUGCCGCCUGGCGAGCUCGUCCAACUCGCACCAGCUGGCGCGGCUGCUGGAGUUUGGCGCCGACCCCAACGCUGCCGACUACGACGGCCGCACCGCGCUGCACGUCGCGGCUGCUGAGGGGCACCUUAAUGUGGUCAAG